AUGUCUUCCGAAAUCCUUCCUAUCACUGCGCCCAAGCCAUUCAAGAUUGUCUACAGCGACGAUGAGGUGCAAGAUCUUCGCAACCGACUGCGCAACGCACGCUUGCCUGCUGCACCCUAUCUACCCGAAGAUGCACGCAAACCCAUGAAGCUGGUCUACAAGCCCGACCUUCCUCUCGUCAAAGAACUCAUCGACAAGUGGGCCAACACCGACUUCAGCGCCUUCCAAGAGCGCCUAAACCAUUUCCCGCACUUUACUACUUCGGUCGACUGGUGCACGCAGCUACACUUUGUGCACAAGCGCUCGCAACGAGCCGAUGCCAUCCCUCUUAUGCUCAUCCACGGAUGGCCUGGAAGCUGGUUCGAGUUCGCACAUAUCAUUGACGAUCUGGCCAACCCUACCAAUGAAGAUGCUCCUGCCUUCCACGUGGUCGUGCCCUCCUUGCCCGGAUUUAUGGACUCGACGCCGCCGCCUAGCAAGCAACCUGGUGUCGGCGAUGUGCGAGGAUACGCGCGCAUCCUGGACGCUCUCAUGCGUGGUCUCGGCUACGACAAGUAUGCAGCACAGGGUGGAGAUUGGGGUAGCCCGCAUGCCCGCGCUCUCGGAGCCUUCCACUCGCACAAGGAUGGUACGGGAUGUCGUGCGGUGCACCUCAACUUUUGCCCCGUUGCCGCCAAAGGACUAAGCAAGUUCAUGCUCACCACGCUUCCCGUCAAAGUGACGCUCGGAGUGGCCAAGCUUGUCUACGGUCAGGAGUACCUGAUGAUGGCGGCCAAAGGCAUGUACUUUGAACAGAACCGCGCCUACUACGAUGUACAGCGUACGCGCCCCGUUCAGCUGCUUUAUGGACUUGUUGAUUCGCCCGUGGGAAUCCUCGGCUGGCUGGGAAAUAUCUACGACUCCCUCUGCGAACGUCGUCCCGACCACCCACGACUCAACCUGGACACCUGCCUCGAGAUCGCCACGCUGUUCUGGUUUACACGAUCGAUCGGCACUUCGUUCAUUCCUUACACCGUCAACGCCUACCUUCCAGAGCUCCACGGUGCCCACGAUUUCAAGCUCCCAGUACCGCUCGGAUACUCAGACUUCCCAGACGAGCUGGUCAACACGCCCAAAUUUGUCGUCGACGCCACCACCACCACGGGAAAGACGAGGUGGAUCGCAAAGGCACCCGUCGGAGGCCACUUUGCCGCACACGAGGAACCGAGCAUCUUUGUCAGCCAUCUGCGCAACGCGUUCGCCAAAGGUGGCCAGGGCUCCUGGAACGGUGCCGACGAAGGGAUCAUUGCGCCCCAGAUCGCAGGUGGACUGUGGGACGAGGUCAGAGAUCAAGAGGCGAGAGCUUCCAAGAUCUGA